GCUUGCUGAAACUGAACUUUAAUGUGACUAAAAUUGAUGCCUUGAACAUUUCAUAAUGGGGGCAAGAGUGAAUCUCACUGUAGGUAACAUGACAAAGUACAGGACAUAUUUGUAAUGAGGUGUGUCAAUUACCCCACACAUAAAACUGCAGUGCGUGGAGGCAUUUGGAGCUUUCAGAGAUGUUUUUUCCUUAUCUAGGAGGACAUUUUGAAGACACGUCAUGGUUACAGCAACAUAGUUAAAAUGGAGGAGAUAAUAACAGAACAGAUUCCCUGAACAGGUCUGCUAUUCUGUUGGACCAAUGAUGAUGAAAGAUGAAUUCACAACCAGUGAGAGCAGAGAAAAUCCUGCUAGCACGGUACCCAAUGGGGUCUCCAGGAAUGAAAAAAAAAUCCUGACUCUGCUGCAAGGUUUACGGUUGAGUCAGGAUGCCUGGGCUCCCAAGAGCCCCUGGGACAGACAUGGGGCACAUGCCGCUCUGUGGGGCAGACCUGCUGGGAGUUUCUUGGUGGUCCAAGAGUCUUCAUCUCAAGACCAACUUCUGUGUGUGUCUGUAGGGGACAGAGGGGAGCCGGUCAAAGAAUACCCCAUCUUAACCACUGGAAAAGCUCUUCACCUGACAGCAUCUCAUUUGGCUUUCCCUGAUCUCUGUCAACUCCUGUACUUCUACACACUGAGCAGGGAUGUUUUGCCUGUCUGUUUAUUGGUUCCCUCAUGGGUUUACACCCUUAACAAUCUACCAGCUCAUCAUGUUCCUCUGCUUGGUCCAAAGACCUGGCUUUGUCCCUCUUCAGAUCCACUGAUUACCAGUACGACUCCAGAAACACAAGGCAUAACAGAAACGCCAAAAACAGUCAUGUGCACUAUACAGGUUACAGCUGCCAGUGGUGCCAUGUGCUUUAUCAAUCCUUUGUACCUUCAAGAGCACGGCGAUGAUUGGCUUGCUCAUUCUUCAGCCAGCCAAAUAAAUCUUCCAAUCAGGUUGAGGCGAAAAAGUACCACGAGAGCAUGGGUAGGGAGAGGACUGAAACAGAAGUCAUCUACACUAGCUGAAGACAACUCUAGCAGAUUUGACCAUGACAGAGGAUCGUUUGAGAAGAAUCCAGAGGCUCCAGCUACCCCAGGUGGAGUUAUGCUUCGAAGGGCGAGUGGAACCAGCAAGGAGGACCCCAUAAAAAGAUCAAGUGUCGACUCCAUUCAAACCCCUCUCCCUCAGUCACCACAUCGUGUGUCGUGGCUAGAGGACAAUAAGAUAUGGCUGAACUCAUCACUUACUUCCUCUCUGCUUCAACCACCCGGCUUAGAGCUGGACUCCCUGUCAGUCAGCAGUAUAGAGGAGGAGACUGAACCAGCGUUAAGCCCCUCCCCAUCCCCCCGUCUCCACUUGGCAGAUAAGAUGAUGAACCGUCUCUCUGCAGUGGGUCAGGCUCUAGGUGGACUUAUGUCGCCACAGCGAAGACUGAGUAAACGUGUUCAGGAGAUGGCGGAACGGAAGGGAGGGGCUUUUGCAGAGGCUGUCAGGGGGUUUGUAGAGCAAACUCUUGCAUGUGGGGCUGGUCCUGGAGAGACCUGCACCGAGAUGCUGCAGGAAGUGCGCUCAUCCCUCACUGCUCUAAAGGAAACCCUGUUUGAUUCUCCAGAGAUACAAAGCAUCACAGACAGCAUUGGAGACACUCCAGAUUUUGAGCUGGAUGCUGUGCUGGAGCUUGCUAUUCAUAAAGUAGCUCUGAAGCCAGUUUACUCUCACCUUUACGUGUGUCUAAAGACAGCUCGUAGGGAUGACUGCACUCUUCAGCGUUUAGAGGCCAACAAGAGCACCCUGGAGAACCGCAGCCUGGAGGAGCUGGAGGGUGCAUCAGGGGCCGGGGUACCUGAUUCCAGCAUGAUGGAAAAGAUCCAGCAACGCUGGACCACAAUGCAUGAAGCCUAUUCACCCAGUAAAAAAGUUGACACCCUGCUCAAAGUCUGCAAGAAUAUCUACCAUAGUAUGAAUGCUAAUGCCAAGCCAGGUACAGUUUUCGGGGCAGAUGACUUCCUGCCAUGCCUGACAUGGGUAUUGCUGCGUAGUGAUGUAGCUACACUUCAGGUUGACACUGACUACAUGAUGGAGCUGCUAGACCCCAUGCUACUACAAGGAGAGGGUGGGUAUUACCUUACAUCUCUCUACGCUGCCCUAUUUUACAUUACCAGCUUCCGACCUCGUCUAGCGAAGCGGCAACUUAGUGCAGAAGCACAGAGAUCUCUCAGCCAAUGGCACCGCAGACGCACACUGCACUGCAACCAAUCUCGGCGCAGCAGAAAUCGUAGGACCAUCCGCAGACAUGGGCCGGCUGAAGAACAGAACUCUUUGAAUGCGAGCACAGAGUCCAGCAGUCUGACUGACGUCAUGCCAACCACCUCUUACGUGCACGAAACACUCCAGGGCUUAGAUGAAGAAUUAGAGGACCCAAAGGAAGAAGAGGACGGACAACAAAUACUGUCACCAGAGCUGUUGCACAUCACCACUCCUAAAACAGAGGGAAAAGAAAGAGCUGAUGGAGUAAGCUGGACAGAAGAUAACUAAAAAUCACAUGAUUCUAAAGGAAUGAGCAAAUGGUAUGAAAGAACUAAGCUUUGAACUUAAUAGAGAUGCUUGUGAAGGCAAAGUGUGUUACUCAAAUGACACCUCAGAUCAUUCAACUUAAUGAAAAGAAUCCAUGCUAUUAAUUCUCUCACCAAAAAACAGAUUUCAGAUUUUUGCUUGUAACAUGAUAAAAUUAUUGAAAAAACACAUACACA